AUGGUGGUUGUGACAAGGGUGUCACCAGGUAUGGGAGUGGUUUGUGAUAGAAGCAGAUCUGGGUCGAGGGUCGUUUGGCGACGCCAUUACUUAUUGUUCUCAUUUCUUCUUCUUCUUCUUCUUCUUCUUCUUCUUCUUCUUCUUCUUCUUCUACCUCCCCUUCUUCCUCCUCCUCUUUUUCAUCCUCCUUCUCCACCACCUCAUUCUUCUUCUCUUCCCCCACCGUCUUCUUCUACUCUUCCUACUCCUACUCCUCCUCUACCUCCUCCGCCUCCUCCUCCGCCCCUCCUCAUUCUUAUCCCUCUCUUCCCUUCUUCUUCCCUUCCUCCAUCUUCCUCCUCCUCUUUUUCUUUCUUCUUCUUCCUCCUCUUCCUCUUCAUUCUUCUCUUCCUCCACCAUCUUCUUCUUCUUCUUCUUCUUCUUCUUCUUCUUCUUCUUCUCUACCUACACCUCCUCCCAAUUCCUUCUUCUGUUUCUCCACCUCCUCUUCUUCUUCCUCUCCCUUCCUCUUUCUUCUUCUUCUUCUUCCCCAUUCUUCUUCUUCACGCUGUUUUACUUUUCAAUCAUCUAAUUCUUUUCCUCCGUUUCUUUCUCCUUCAUUUUUCCUCUUUCUUUUUCCCUGGAUUCUACUCCUUUCUAUUUUGUCUUUCUUAUUAUUAUUAUUAUUUUCUUCUCAUUUUUUUUUUUAUCUUUCCUUCAUUCUUCUUUUCUUUCUUCCUGUUUUUCGUCGGUCUUUAUUAUUAUUAUUAUUAUUAUUGUUGUUGUUGCUCUUAUUAUUAUUAUUAUUUUCUCCUCUUCAUUCUUUUUAAUCACACUUCUUUUCUUAAUUCGUCUGAUUCUCUUUCUUCCCUUCAUUCAUUUGGCAUUUUGUCGUUCUCCAUUAUUAUUAUUAUUAUUAUUAUUAUUAUUGCUGUUGUUUUCUUCUCACUUUUUCAUCUUUCCUUCUUUCUUUUGCUUCUUUUUCUUCUUCUUUUCGUUCUUCCUUAUUUUUCAUCAUCUUUAUUAUUAUUAUUGCUGCUCAUUUUUUCUCUUCACUUUCUUUUUCUUCGUUCUUCUAAUUGUCGUUCUUUUUUCUUCAUUUUUCAUAUUUUCUCUUUUUUCUUCUCGUUUUUUGUCUAUAUUAUUAUCAUUAUUAUUUUUAUUAUUGUUUUUCUUUUCAUUUUUUAUUUUCUCUUAAUUAUUCACUUUCUUCUUUUCAUUGUUCAUUCUUCUCUUUCUUUAUCGAUUCAAUCUUAUUUUACUCCUGUUUAUUUUCCUCUUCAUUUCAAUUUCACUUUUUCUCCUCAUUCUUCUCUUCUUCUUCUUCUUCUGCUGCUGCUGCUGCUGCUAUUGGUGGUGAUGGUGCUUCUAAUGGCGGAAGUUCAAUUUUCUUUGUCAUAUUCCCGAUCUCUUCUUUACUUACUCUUACUUUUUCUUUCUAUCUUUUCUCUGUUCCUUUUCUUUUUCUUCUUUACUCUUUGCUUUUUUCUUAUCCUUUUUUAUUUCUUGUUCUUCUUCUUCUUUCUCUUUAUUCGGAUAUUUUUUUCUUUCAUUUCUUCUUCUUGUGGUUUUUCGUAUUCCGAUUUUUUAUUAUCUAAUAUCCUUCUUUUUCUCCUUCUUCUUCUUUUCGAUGCUCUCUUUAAGAUGAUUAUUCUUUCUCUUCGCUGUUUUCUUAUACUUCCUCUUUUCUUUCUCUUUUCAUUCUUCCGUUUUUGUUUGUUUUUUUGUUUUUUUUCAUUCUUUCAUUUCCUGUCUCUUUUAUCUUCUUUGAGAUUCGUUUCUUUUUUUUUUUUUCCUUCAUUUUUUUCCUGCACUUGUCUGUUCUUUCUUUAG